AUGACUGACCCAGACGUCCUCACUGAGGUCCCAGCAGCUCUCAAACGCCUUGCCAAAUACGUGGUGCGUGGCUUUUAUGGCAUUGAACAUGCUUUGGCUCUGGACAUUCUCAUCAGGAACCCCUGCGUGAAGGAAGAGGACAUGCUAGAGCUCCUUAAGUUUGAUAGGAAGCAGUUGCGGGCUGUCCUCAACACCCUCAAGGGUGACAAGUUCAUCAAAUGCCGAAUGAGGGUAGAGACGGCUCCAGAUGGCAAAACCACCCGUCAUAACUACUACUUCAUCAACUACCGCCUUCUGGUUAACGUGGUGAAGUACAAGCUGGACCACAUGAGGAGGAGGAUUGAGACGGAUGAAAGAGACUCCACCAAUCGCGCCUCUUUUAAAUGCCCCAUUUGCUUCAGCACUUUCACAGACUUGGAGGCCAACCAGCUGUUUGACCCCAGGACAGGAACUUUCCGCUGUACUUUCUGUGAGACCGAAGUGGAAGAAGAUGAGUCGGCGAUGCCCAAAAAGGACGCAAGGACACUCGUGGCAAGAUUUAAUGAGCAGAUUGAGCCCAUCUAUGCGCUGCUUCGUGAGACGGAAGAUGUUAACUUAGCCUAUGAAAUCCUCGAGCCAGAACCCACAGAGAUCCCUGCCCUGAAGCAGAGCAAGGAGCGUGCAGCUGGUACUGGUUCAGGGACAGCAGCUGGCCUUGCAGGUGGACACCAUCGGGAAGCUUGGACUACAAAAGGACCGUCGUAUGAGGACUUGUAUACCCAGAACGUUGUCAUCAGCAUGGAGGACCAGGAGGAUCUUAACCGGUCUGCGAAUGAAGGAAAGCCAGCCAGAGAGAGACCAAUUUGGCUACGGGAGAGCACUGUGCAGGGGGCUUAUGACCCUGAUGAAAUCAAAGAUGGGGGCCGGGAUCUGGAUGCCUUCCAGGACCGUGAGGAGGGCCGGGCAGCUCUGGAUGAUAAUGAGGAGGUGAUGCGUGCCCUGCUUAUCCACGAGAAGAAGACACCUUCUGCUUCAACAGUCACUGUUGGAGGUGCCGCUCCUCUCUCCGGUGCCAACGCUAGUGACUCCGAGAGCGAGACAAGCGAGUCGGAGGAGGAAUCCCCUCCGCGCCCUCCCGCCACAGCCACCACAACAUAUGGGCUGGAGGAUGAGGAGGAGGAUGAAGAGUUUGAGGUGGUGGCAGAGGACCCCACCGUCACAGUGGCUGGGCGUCCGCACUCUUACAGCCAAGUGAGCCAGCGCCCUGAGCUGGUGGCCCAGAUGACGCCGGAAGAAAAAGAGGUUUACAUAGCCAUGGGGCGACGCAUGUUUGAGGAUAUGUUUGAUUAA